UGUGGUUUGCCAAAAUCGAUUAUUCGAUUAAUCGACAUACCUAUCGCAGGGUUACCACAUCUCCCAUAUCUUCUACAACAAACUAAAUGUCAAAGUUGUUAAGAAGUUGUUGGAAAUCCUUUUCCAUUUGGAGGACAUCAACAAGAACGUUGAAGAAAACAAUGUCUGUUGAUAUGAGUUCAUCGGGCUCAACAAGUCCCACUUCUAAGAGUGGCCAAGCUCUGCAGAAGUUAAAGGAAUUUGGCUAUGCUUUCAAUUCGGCUGGACAAUUACGUAAAAUUGACAAGAAUACUGGAGAAGUAACUGAUGAGCCAUUCGAAUUUGAUGUUUUCAAGGAUCAUGCCAAGAAUCAGGCCCACUAUGAGAAAUUGGCUGAUCAAAUACCCGAAAUUGUCUAUGACUUGUUGGAACAGAACGGUUUGACACGAACAUACAUUCCUGAACAGGUGCCAGCCGAUGAAGCGACAUUUUUCUUCACCAAGCCAGAACAAUUGGAUAAACCGAAAAAAUUGAUUGUUAUUAUACAUGGCAGUGGUUAUGUUCGCGCCGGUCAAUGGGCCAGAAGUCUUAUAAUUAAUAAUUCCCUGGACCAUGGAACACAAAUACCAUAUAUAAAACGUGCACAAGAAUUGGGUUAUGAUAUAUUGGUGACGAAUACCAAUGAUAAUUAUCGUCUGGUUGAUGGCAAACGUAAACCCAUACAGGGUUUGAGUUCGGCUACAUCUCAUGCUGCUCAUGUUUGGGAGAAAUAUGUAAUGGCAUGCGAACCAGAAGCCGUGGCUAUUGUGGCUCAUAGUGCUGGAGGUGGUGUUACUUUGGAUUUGGCUAGACGAUAUCCUGAAUUUUUCGAAAAUAAAGUCUUUGCCAUUGCUCUAACGGAUUCGGCACAUUUUGGCAUAAGUGGUGAGAUACGUAAGAUUAUUGCGGGCAAAACAUGUAAUUGGGUAUCGAGCAGUGAACCUUUGGAUACAGAAUUGAGUUCAUCCAAAGAUGACAUUAAAAUGGUUUCAGCAGGCCAUACCAAACACGAGUGGACUUCAUAUUCAGCAUUUGAUUCGGUUUUCAAGUUUCUGGAAGAUAAAUAUGCUGAGUUUGGCGGUGAACAAAAAUGCAAAAAACAAAAACUGGAGGAAUAAACUAAAGGAAACCAUUUUUAUUAAAGAGAUUUU